GUCGUGUAUUUUGUGAAUUGCAUCUGAGGGGGGAACGCCAACAGCAAUCCAUUUACUAAUAUAUUUUUUUCGCGACUGAGUGUUUGUUUGUGGAGAAAAGGAAAAUGACGACUCUCAGAGUGCCCGAAGUUGUUCCCUCUCCAACCCAGGACAGCGAGCGGCUCAGGAAGGCUUUCAAAGGAGUAGGAACAGAUGAGAAGGCAGUGAUAUGGAUCCUAGGGCACAGAAAUGCGAGCCAAAGGAGGAAGAUUCGAGACACUUACCAGCAGCUUUACCAUCAAUCCCUCAUCGAUCGCCUCCACUCAGAGCUCUCUAGCGAUUUCAGGCGAGCAAUGAUUCUAUGGACUUAUGAUCCUGCGGAGCGGGAUGCAGUACUAGCAAACAAAGCGUUGAUAGGAAAGAAGAAAGGGUUCAAGCAGUUGCAAGUCAUGGUAGAGAUGGCUUGUGCCACUUCUCCCCACCAUCUGCAAUCGGUGAAGCAGAUUUACUGUACCCUUUUCGAUUCCUCGCUUGAAGAGGACAUUGCUACUCACAUCUCCUUCCCCCUUAGAAAGCUUUUGGGGGCGUUGGUGCGGUCUUACAGGUAUGACAAAGAGCUGGUGGACAUGAACUUUGCAAACUCGGAAGCAGCCAAAUUGCGGGAAGCCAUCAAGACAAAGCGGUUGGAUCAUGAUGAUGUGGUUUACAUUCUCAGUACUAGGAAUAAGUACCAGCUCAAAACCACUUUCGAGCUGUACAAGCAGCGGUUUGGGAAUCCCAUUGAUCAGGAUCUCAAGGAGUAUGGAGAGGGUGAUUUGGAGUCUCUUCUAAGGGCCGCCGUUCAGUGCAUAUAUUGCCCUUCAAAACACUUUGCUGAGGUCAUCAGGACAUCCGUUAGUGGGCUUGGAACAGAUGAAAAAUCACUGACUAGGGCGAUAGUGACCCGAGCCGAGAUUGAUCUGUUGAGGAUACGAGAAGAGUAUACAAAAAUGUUUGGGACCAACCUAGAGGAUGCAAUCACUGGCGACACUUCAGGGGACUAUAAACACUUUUUGAAGACUCUAGUAGGUGCCACUGUCUGAAGAAACCAAUCUCUCUCUCGUUCUGCAUAUUCUCCCUUUUUCACCGAUGAAAUUCCAUUUUUUUCCUCCACCUAUCCGGUUGUUUAGUAGAUGAUCUGUUAAUACUGGCGUUUGUCAUUCUCUGAUCCUCCAGUGGAGAUUGUACCCAUCAAAUUCUCAUGGAAACAAACACAACUUACUCGGAAAAUCAUCAUAAUAACAAAACCCUAACCAUGCAAAGAAAAGACUCCCAAGUGGGGAAUUACCACGAAUAAGUAAUAACCCAAGGUUAGAGUAAUAAAGGGUGUGUUAGGAUAUUGACAAGUAAAGUUGAUGGGAUGUAGGAUAUUUUUUAAUAGAAGUAUAAUCGGUAAGAAUAUUUUCUGAG